AUGUCGCAAGGAACUGAGUCAAACGAGUACCCGGAAUUAAAGACGAUGUUUCAGCAAGCCUCUGGUAGUUUCCUCCGUUUGCACACUUCGCCACCGCUGCACAUCGCCCUGCAUGGAAUGUCGGCCCUGAUUCACACCCGAUUGUCCAAAACGGCCCUCGACCUCUGCCUGGAACUCCUGGAGGCCGGAGUUAAUGCCCAAGCCCUGGCCGAUGUUAUCAUUCAUGUGCUCGAAGUUAAGGAAGAAUUACUGAAAGCCAAGUCCAUAUAUUUCCAGACAUCGUAGAAUCAAAACUUUCCGACAGACAUGCCGAUUAGACUUAUCACUUUCGACCUGCUCAAAUUAACCCUCAACCUUAAACGUGAUCACCGCCAAGAAAUCUCUUUUUUGAUAAGCAAUAUCACUUAUAAUCGACAAAACCUAUAACUACUGUCGCAAACCGUUGAUAAAUAAGCAGUUAAAUUGUU